AUGACACACAGGAAUGAAUGGAUUAUUAUCGGAAUAUCUGGUGUUACUUGCGGUGGGAAAACGACUUUGGCCAAUAAAUUAACGGAAAUAUUGACGCCAGUAUAUGUAUUCCAUCAAGAUAAAUACUUCUAUCCAGAUGAUAGCCCUAAGCAUAUUCCGUGUGACGGUUUAGCUCAUAACAAUUACGAUGUGUUAUCGGCGUUAGAUAUGCAUAGUAUGCAUGAAGAUAUUAUGGCUACACUGAAGGGUGAUUUGAAAGCUCAUCAGUCGAGCAUCGGAAGGAGGCCAGAACAGAUGGAGAUAAAAGGGAAGAAGUUCUUGAUUGUUGAAGGAUUUACUGUCUUGAAUUUUAAACCUAUUAUGGAACUUUGCGAUUUUAGAUACUACUUCAUCUUGGAGUAUGGCGAGUGUUUAUCGCGGCGCGUGUAUCGUCUCUACGAUCCUCCAGAUAUCGACGGGUACUUCGACACUUGCGUGUGGCCUGAGCACUUGAGGUACAGAGCAGAGAUUGAAAAGGACAGUCGCGUGGUGUUACUAGAUGGCACCAGACCUGAUGCUUUCGAUGUAGUACUCAAUGAUCUGCGGAACGCCGGCGCAACUCACGUCUAG